UUCAACGAGUUUAACUCGCGUAAGGUGAAUGGCGAGCACAACGUCUUCUCGAAUGUAUUCACCAACUACAUCUUUUUGGGAAUCAUUCUUGGUACAGUAGUGGUUCAAUUUGUUAUUGUACAAUUCUUAGGCAUUCUCUUUGGCGGUGUUGAAUUUAACCCAUCAGAAGACACUUAUGGCUUGUCAUGGCAAGGUUGGUUGUUCUCCCUUCUCCUUUCCUUCUUGACACUUCUCGUUGGGCAAAUUUCAUUUUUCAUCCCAGUCCCCAAGGAAGUCCCAAAGAAGUUCAAAGGAGAGCCGUCACUCCUUGAGAAGAUUUUGUGUUGCAAAUUCUGUUGUAAGUCAAAGGAAUCUGGUCAAGAGGAAGACUCUGAGAGUUCCGAUUCUUCGAUUUCCGAAGGUCCAACAGAGCACAAGAAACUGCUUGCUGUCGAAAAAGAAGAGAAGUAA